AUGACAAAAGUUCCCAACACAGUUCCGGCCCAACACAACAACAGGCUUCAGCCGAUUGCCCUCGUCUGCUUCCGGGGGAAGUGGAGCCUUGCUUCGCCGUCUGUGCCGAUCAACAUAAAAGCCAAAAAGACAACCGUGGUGUCGCUCUUCAUUUCUGGGUUCUCCUGUGGUACAUAUAAAACCCGCUACAGGACCACCAAGAGAACGGGGCUUUUAUGGUACUUUUCUGCCCUGUCCAAAGGAGACAUUCUACCAACCAAGGAGAGGCUGGAGAGGCCUGUCGACACACAGAAGACAGAUACCGGACUAACUCCAGGCCUGCUCAAGGUCCUAAACAAACAGAUACCUAUUCCCACGGAGACAAUCAGUAUGGAGGAGCUGCAGCAGAAGUGGAAGGGUCUGUGUCAGCCCUCAGAGCAGCUGGACACUGCGGCCCUGGGGAACUUCUUUGCCAACAUCCACUGGAUGCAGUUAUUCGCUCUAAACUGUGGUGUAAUCAUCAAUGCCCUGAGGUAUGCGUGUGAAAUCCUGACAGAGUAUGAGGGGGGUGGAGCGGCGACGAUGCCCUUUGAUCUGUUCUCAGGGCUGUACACCCUACCUGGCCCACCUGGGCGGAGAGAUCCCCAGGACCAGAUAGACAGCUUCCUAAGCAGUCUGCAGAAGCCUGUCUGA